AUGAAUUAAUGGUACUUCUAUGUUUGUACAUAUUUUAUCAUGAUUAAACUGGUUAAUCAAAAUUCAAUUGCCUCUAUUGAAUCUGUUCAUCAUAAGAGUGCACUCCUGUUAGAAUACAGCUUUGUUUUAGUGGAAUAAAACAAGUUGUGUGUUUAUGUACGAGGUAUUAAUGAAAUACAUUUUUAUAUGGCAACUGUUCAGGAUAUUGCAUGGAUCAUCUGCCUGCCACAGCUCCAUCUAGUAACAUGAGUUCAAGAAGCUUAAUUUUCCAUGACUGUGACAUCGAUAAUAAUGUGGUCAAAUCAUAUAGUCUUGGUGUUAAAUUCAUAUCACCUCUGCACGAGUAUCCUACCUUCAGUCGAUUCAUGCAAAUUGUCUAUUAUGGUACCCUUUAUGUGGCAUGUAGCAUCAACAUGUCAUCCAUGUUGUUCAAUUCAGCCAAAAAAGUUGACACAAUCUAGUCCAAGUCCAGUGCUCAAGUUUAGUUUAGGUUAAUUCAUGAUCAACUUUAUUACUUCAAAUAGAAAUCCCUAUUUUUGAUGCCGGGAGCGGAAAAUUUUACGUUCAAAUACGAAUUGAAGGCCACUAAAGGUCAAAUGUGUGCUGCUAGGAUAACCACUAUGAAUCUUACAGGAUUAGUGAUGAGAAUAAGCGCCAAGGUCUGUUCUUUGGUAAAUUUUGUCUAGUGAUCUUGGAUUUGUCCUUGAACCUCAUUUUCAAGGUCAUUUUCGAAAAUAGAAACCCGCAGAAACAGUAUUGGUUAAAAAUCAUUUGUAACAAGCACCGUAGUUCCCUCGUUGAAACUUACCCAAACUCGAUUUUUUUAAUGAAAACCCCUAUUUUUUCGGAAGUGCGGGAAAUUUUUUCGAAUAUGUAUUAGAAUUCAAGAUCAAGAUGAGUGCGGGAGGCCAAGUAGGUUAAACAAAGGUCAAAUACACCCUAUUUCACGAGUAUCUAUCACGGUAGAAUAACAGCUGGUUAUCUAGUAUUAUAUCAAAAUUCCCCAUAUCGGCACAGGACACAUAAUUCUGACUUAUCCAUGAACACCAGCAAGAGGACUGUUGAUUAUAUAAAAGCCCAAGAUAGCCUUUCAAAAGAGGUAGAGCUAGUGGGAUCAUGGACAGUCAAUGUUGGUGAUCAAGAUCAAGCAUUGCAUUUAUGGAAAUUCACUGGUGGUUAUGAAAAAAUUGAUACCUUUAAUGAGUUCUUAGGAAAAAGUGAGGAAUAUCAAAAAAUUCAGGAAGAACAGGGUAAAUUAGUGCGAUCCCGCCACUUGCAAUACCUUUUAGCAUUUAGCUACUGGCCACAGAUCCUCCUCAGAGAUCCAAAGAAUAUAUAUGAAAUACGUAGUUAUGCCUUAAAACCAGGUACUAUGAUAGAAUGGGGCAACAACUGGGCUAGAGCCAUCAAUUACAGACAAAACAACGAUGAAGCAUUUGCAGGGUUCUUCUCACAGAUUGGGCGAUUAUACAAUGUCCAUCAUAUUUGGUGUUAUACCAGCUUGAACUCCAGAAAAAUAACUAGAGAGAGUGCAUGGAGGUCCCCUGGAUGGGAUGAGUGUGUAGCAUACACGGUGCCACUGAUCCGAGAAAUGCAUUGUCGUAUUAUGGUGCCAACAGAAUUCUCACCGACACAAUAGCAUUAAUACGUUUCAUGAAUCAUUUUUCGCUAAAUCUAUACAUUAAUGUUAGGAAUGUUACCAUAGAGAUACAACACAGAAGCGUAACUUAGAUGUCAUGAACCUAGGUUUCACGUAUGAGUGUCGUUUUUAGCUUUCUAAUACUGAUGAACAUUUGGAGAAAACCCCAAAUUGUCUUUAAGAAGGCUAAUGGCAGUAGAGAAUUUAUAUAACAAAAAUUAACUAUAUGUAACUGUAGAGAUAUUAAACAUAUGUAGAAUAAACGGGAUACAUGUAACCAUAACUUACGCUAAAUAUAUUAUUAAGACGGAAAUGUAUUUCUGUACUAGAAAGCUUGACAUCUAUGUAUAUAUUGCAAUUUUUAUCUCACUUUUAGGUUUAUGACUGAUGGUGCUAGUGUUAUAUGCUUUAUAUUGGGAUUUUUUAACAAAGUAAUUUUGCAGCUAUGUCUGUGUACCCUAACACUGAUGUAUCUUGUUAUAUCAAAAU